AGAAAAGAGAGGAGGAAAAAAACCCCAAACCUCCCAGAGCUCAGAGAACACAAAUAAGGUUAUUGGGGAUGGACAGACAGCAGUUGACUACAUUUCUUUUUUUUUUUUUUUUUAGUUUCCUAGACACUAGGCACCAUUUUCCUCCCCGUCUGAACACCCCUGUCCCAAGUUGGAGCCUCCAAAUAAUCCAGCAGUUUAAUCCAGGAGGUGCUGCUGACCCUCAUUGUGCCCCAUGUCCAUCGAGCUCCAACCCCUCUGGAGUUAUAAAUACUCCACAAUAGAGCCUGGACUGGAUUAUAAUUAGACAACGAGCCAAGAGGAUGGAAACAAUGAACUAUAAAAGCCUGGCCAUGCCCACAGCCAGGACCUGCACACCAGGAAGCAGUGGAAUGAGCGAGCCACCAGGAGCUGGGACAGGAAAGCUGAGGAUUUGCUCCAAAUCGGAUCCAGAGCGUCCCUUAGUGCCUCGUGCUCCCAUCGCCAGGUUUUACACAGCCCUGGUCACGGGGUACCUGAGCAGCCUGCAGGUCCUGACUGAGCGGUACCACCAAGAUGUCAACCUGGUCUUUGAGAUCAGUAAAAACGAGCUGCAGUGGCAGGUGAAAAGCCAAGCCUCUUACGGACUCUCAGGGCUGUGGGCGCUGGAGGAGCGGCGGGAGCUGAGCACCCCCCUGUGCCUCGCCGCCCGCCACGGCCACGCCGAGUGCCUGCGCCACCUCCUGCGCCGCGGGGCCGAGCCCAGCCUGGCCCCGGGGGGACGGGGACCCCUGCACCUGGCCUGCCUGGGGGCCCACAGCCUCUGCCUGGAGCUGCUGCUGGAGUACAGGGCCGACCCCAACCUGCGCAGCGACGAGGGCGCGGCGCCGCUGCACCUCUGCACCUCGCGGGGCUCGCUGCGGUGUGCCAGGCUCCUGCUGAGGCACGGGGCUGCCGUGGACCUGCCCAGCGAGGCGGGAGGGGACACGGCGCUGCACGUGGCUGCCAGGCACCGUCUCUGCGACCACGCCCGCCUCUACCUGCGGCGCCGGGCACGCGUCGACGCCCGCAACGCCCGCGGCGAGACGGCCCUGGGCAUCCUCUGUGGGCAGCCCCCGGGCCCGGGAGACGAUUCCCUGGAGCUUUUCCAGCUGCUGGCCGCCCACGGCGCCGACGUGGACGCGCGGGACGAGAGCUGGAGGAGCCCCUUGCACCGGGCGUGCGGCGCGGCCAACGCCGGGCUGGCGCGGCUGCUGCUGCGGCGCGGCGCCGACGCCAACGCCGGCGACUACGACGGGGUGACCCCGCUGGGGUGGGCCCUGCGGGGAGCUGCCUCCCACGGGGAUCUGCACCCCCACCUCACCGUCCAGCUGCUGCUCAACCACGGCUCCCAGAGGAUAUGGCCCCCCGCCUUCGUCAAGGUGCUGCAAUCCUGCGCCGCCGUGCCGGAGGUCAUCGAAGUCCUCUUCAACUCCUACUCCCAAAUCCCGGUCUCCCAGGAGUGGGCCAGGGCCGUGCCAGAGGAGGUGUUCCAGCAGCACCAGAUUUUCUACCAGUCCCUGCUGGGGCUGGCGGGCACCGCCCGGAGCCUGCAGCACCUGUGCCGCUCCGCCCUCCGGACACGCCUUGGGAGCAGAUGCCAUUCCCUCAUCCCUUUGCUGCCCCUGCCCAAGGCUCUCCGGGAUUUCCUGCUGCUGGAGCCCGAAGGAGUCGUGAAAUGAGGGAGCAGAUCCAGGUCCAGAUCCAGCCCUUCCAUGGAGCAUCCCAGGGGAGCCAGGGAGAGCUGCUUUCCAUGAUGGGAGGGGGCUUUCCAGGGAUUUACAGCAGGACUAAAACGUGCUUUCAGCUGGGAAUUUGUACAGAUUUUCUUUUUGUUUUGGUUUGGUUUUUUUCCCUUCUACUUGUGCUUUAAAUAGAUGAUAAAGAGUAAUAAAAUGAUUAGUAGCUGGUAGGAAUAAUGCUCAUUGUGGAGGAUCCCUGCAAAGCAGCGGGGGCUCCUCAGGUGUGCGAAGGGAAGGACGGGGCAGGGAACCCAAACCAGCCCAGGUGAGCACCAAAUCCCCGGGUAUCAAUCUCAGCCAGGAUGGGUUUUCCCCGAAUCCCCAUCAAUUCCCAACAAAACAAAGCGUGGAGUCAAACAGCCACCCAAGGGUCACCGAGAUUUGGGAUGGGGCAUCCCCCUGGGACGCACAAAAUCUUGGGAACACGGGGCAGGAUUGGCACGGCUCUUUCUCACCCGUGCAGGGCGAGGGGAGUUGUGGAAGCAGCAGGUGGAAGCCGGCAGAGGGGAGGAAUCCCUUUUCCUCUCCAUUGUCAUGCUCCAUGGGAGCCAGGGAUGCAAUGUCCAGCCAAACAUGGAAAAUGAGAUAAGCCCAGCGGCAUUAAUAUAGACCUUAAAACAGAUCUAAUUUUUUUUUUUUUUUUUUUUUUUUUUUUUUUAUGUAGGAGCAGCCAAGAAAGAUGUGGUUAUCCCAUGCAGGAGGGUGACACAACUCACACAACUCCCUGUAUCUCCCAGCCCCUCCUGUACCCCUUGAGCCUGUCACUGUCCCCAGGCUGGCACGUGAAGGGGCUGGAAAACCCCUGGAAAUGGUGGAGUCUGGAUUUUCAUUUCUCACAGUGACCUGGCCAAAGGGACCAGGAGGAGCGAGGAUUUGUUUUUUUCCCACUCCCUCAGGCUCCCAGGUUAAUUCCUGCUGAACCAAAGGAUGUGCACAGGAGCAUCCCUAGGGAGAGCAGGUGUCCUCGUGCCACAGGGCUCCCCAAAAUUCUUCCAGUGCUGAAUUUCACUUGGG